AAACCAGGAAACAGGUUGUUAUUCUGCCUCACUGAGACGAGACACACUGAGAGUCAGACGGUAAGACUCCCCUUCAGACCAGAACCAGCACUUCCACUGAGAGAGGACAGCUACAGGAGGGAUACUGGGAAUACUGGGAAUACUGGGAACACUGGGAAUACGAGCACUUCAACCUGCUGCUGAAUCCACAAACUGAACAAGAGUUUGACGAGAACAAAGACUCAAAGUGAAGGUAACUUUCAGGACCGUUACUGAAGGAGGGAGUGGCUGACUGUUUCCUGUCUGAGCGUCUGCUGCUGUGACUUCAGCUUCACUCAGAGACUAAAUGGCUUCCAGAUUAGAGGAAGAUCUCUGCUGUCCUGUCUGCCAGGACAUCUUUAAAGAUCCUGUCAUCCUGUCAUGUUGCCACAGCUUCUGUAAAGGCUGUCUGCAGAGCUGGUGGACAGAGAGAGGAAGUCAGGACUGUCCAGUUUGUAAGAAAAGAUGUUCUAAUGACUGGUUACCACCUAACCAGGCUUUAAAGAACCUGUGUGAGAGUUUCCUACAGGAGAGAGAUCAGAGAGCUUCAGAGGCUCUCUGCAGUCUGCACUCUGAGAAACUCAAACUCUUCUGUCUGGACCUUCAGCAGCCAGUUUGUGACACCUGCAGAGGUUCAGAAGAACACAGCAACCACAGAUUCAGACCCGUCGAUGAAGCUGCACGACAACACAAGAAGGAACUUCAGGAAACUCUGGAGGCCUUAAAGGAGAAGUUAAAGGUUUGUGAACGAGUUAAAGUGAAGUUUGAUCAAACAGCAGAACACAUGAAGGUCCAGGCCCGACACACAGAGAGGCAGAUUAAGGAGCAGUUUAAGAAGCUUCAGCAGUUUCUAGAGGAGGAAGAGGAGGCCAGGAUGGCUGCACUGAGGGAGGAAGAGGAGCAGAAGAGUCAGAUGAUGAAGGAGAAGAUGGAGGCUCUGAGCAGAGAGAUAGCAGCUCUUUCAGACACAGUCAGAGCCACAGAGGAGGAGCUGAGAGCUGAAGACGUCUCAUUCCUGCUCAACUACAAGGCUGCAGUGGAAAGAGUCCAGCAGCGCCCCCUGCUGGAUGAUCCACAGCUGCCCUCAGGAGCUCUGAUAGACCAGGCCAAACACCUGGGCAACCUGACCUUCAACAUCUGGAACAAGAUGAAGGACAUGGUCUCCUACACUCCUCUCAUCCUGGACCCAAACACUGCUGGUUCAGGACUCAUCCUGUCUGAAGAUCUGACCAGUGUGAGACGAGGAGGAGAGAAACAGCAGCUUCCUGACAAUCCAGAGAGGGUUGAUAGUUCCUGGUCUGUCCUGGGCUCUGAGGGCUUUAACUCAGGGACUCAAAGCUGGGAUGUCGAGGUUGGAGACAAUACAGUCUGGUUACUGGGUGUGUUAGCAGAGUCUGUCCAGAGGAAGGGGGACAUAGAGUCUGGAUUAUGGACAAUAAGGUUCUUUAUAGGUAAAUACUUUGCAAAGUCACCAUCAGCUCAACUCACUGAUCUCAGCGUGCAGAAGAAGCUCCAGAGGAUCAGAGUGAAUCUGGACUGGAACAGAGGAAAGCUGUCGUUCUCUGAUCCUGAUACUAACACAAACAUACACACCUUCACACACACUUUCACUGACAGGAUGUUUCCAUAUAUUGAAACUAUGGAUAAACUCCCACUGAAGGUUUUACCAGCGAAGGUCUUUGUGACUGUAGAACAACAGAGAUAGAUGAUGAUGAUGAUGAUGUGAUGACUAAAUGCUGUAGUUUUCAUUGUGUUGUUUCUGCUGAUGUGUUUCACAUGAAGUUGUCAUAUCUGAUCUAACAGAGAACCAGGGAAUUAAAGACUUCCUGAGUUUUAAGGAUGUAAAUAAUGAGAGUUUAUCAAACUGCUGUAAAUGUAGUGAAAGUAAAGUCGUCUUUCAAUAAAACACUGCACUGCAAAAACUGACAAACAACAACUGACAAGAUAUUUCUUCUUACCAGGCGGCUUUUAUGUUAGAGAAUUUCACUUGUUUCAAGUUUUUUUGGCCUUCAGUAGCAAGUGAAAUAUUCUUUUUCUAUUGGCAGAUAAUUUUGCUUAUUUUAAGUAAUAUUUUCCCCAUUUCAAUGCUUUUUUUGCUUGUUUUUGUUUUUGAGAGCUCAGUUUUUGCAGUGUGUAGAGCAGAUUUCCUCAGAAACCUGUGGUACAGCUGAUGUCUCCAGAGAACACAGUUUGGUCCUAAAUAAUCCCACAUGUUCAUCAUUUUCCUCUCUAAGAAUCAGAUUCAGUAACAGCUGCACAUUUAUUAGUUUAUCAGAUAACUGAUAUGUUGCAGCGACUGUAAAAUUAAAAUUUCC